GUUUAUCUCCAGUGCUGUACUGGAGCUGGUACUGGGAGGAGAUUCGGGGUGAAUGGAGAGCGCGUGUGCAAAGACAAGCGAGUGUUUUUAUCUGUCGUGUAUGCAGGGAAAAUAGAUCCAAAAGUCUUUUAGUGCUGGGGGUUUAUUUACUUUUAUUUGGGGUACAUUUUUAACAAUGAAUGAUGUGAAAUGACCCCCAGUGAGCAGCUUAAGAACAAAUCAAAUAGAAGAUCAAAUAAAACGUUAUUAACCUGUUACAGCAGGACAAGAGAAGGGCCGGUGGAAUCGCCGCUCGUACCCUCUGAGUGACCGACGGGUCAAGAUGCGAGCUCAUGGAGAACGUGCCAAACUCAACAGGCUGCGGAGGGCAAAUGUCCAGACUGGAUUAUCCGGGGAGCGUCCGGGGCGGGGCCGAGUCCGGGGGCGUCGGCUUCGUGCUGGUGCACGCAGGCGCCGGGUAUCAUUCUGAAUCCAAGGCCAAAGAAUACAAACACGUCUGCAGGAGGGCGUGUCAGAAGGCGAUGGACAAGCUGAGAAGCGGAGCCAUGGCGCUGGAGGCGGUGACCGCGGCUCUCACCGAGCUAGAGGACUCGCCCUUCACCAACGCCGGCACCGGCUCCAACCUGAACCUGUCCGGGAACAUAGAGUGCGACGCCAGCAUCAUGGAGGGGAGGUCCCUGGACUACGGAGCAGUCGGCGCUUUAAGCGGUGGGUUCAGUUACAGUGCAAAGAAUUGGAUCAAGAACCCCAUCCUGGUGGCCAGGCGACUCCUCAACGAGGCGCGGAAAGGGAAGCUAUCGGCCGGACGGAUCCCUCCCUGCUUUCUGGUAGGAGUGGGAGCACACGAGUGGGCGCUCAUGCAUGGCAUACCCCCGUGCCCAUCAGAGAAGCUCGCUACUAAAUUGAGUUUGUCGGCGUACAGACGGAACAAGCGGAAGAUGGAGCUGGCCGAGAGGAUGGAGAGCGAACAGAAUCAUGGGAAGCGGUUACGACAAUCAGGCGGAACUCAGGGGGGCGAGCCGGUGGCUUUGGAGGAACCCGUUUCCUCCUCUCUGGACACGGUCGGCGCCGUCGUGGUGGAUCAGCUGGGGAACGUAGCCGCCGCCGUCUCCAGCGGAGGUUUAGCCAUGAAGCACCCGGGUCGAGUGGGUCAGGCAGCUCAGUAUGGGUGUGGCUGCUGGGCGGAGAACGCCCGCGACACCAGACCGUACUCCACCGCCGUCAGCACUUCAGGUUGCGGGGAGCACUUGAUGCGCACCAUGCUGGCUAAAGAGUGUUCGGUCGCUCUGCAGGCUGAGGACGCGCACCAGGCUCUCCUGGAAGCUAUGCAACAAAAGUUUAUCGGUUCGCCCUUCCUGGCCAGCGAGGACGGCGUUUUGGGCGGGGUCAUCGUCCUGAGGUGCUGUAGGUGCGGAGAGGACCACGGCCCGGACCAUCUUCAGGACCUGCUGGUGGAGUUUCUGUGGACACACACCACCGAGAGCAUGUGUGUGGGUUACAUGUCGGCACACGACAGGAAAGCCAGAACGCACAUAUCCAGACUUCCCGCUGGAGCCGUGGCCGGACGCUCCCUGGCCAUCGAGGGCGGAGUUUGUCGGCUGGCAGGCGCCGGACGGGACGCGGACUGAAGGAACGUGCCGGAACCGGAACCCACCAUGUUGUUUUGUGUUGUUUUAUUCCUAAUAAACGACUCAUUUUAUUAAGACUA